AGUGAAAUGUGUUUUCUAAAAAAUGUGUUAGAGGCCUCUGGGAGAAAAAUGAGGGGCCCAGGCCUGUUUCUACCCUGAGAGGCUCUGGAUAUAAUUUGGAAUUGUGGGCCAGGCUCUCCAUUGUCUGUACCUACAGAGAGCCUGGCCAGGUGGCUCACCUGCUCACCAUCUAAACUGUGCCCAUUUAACCAGGGCUCAGUGGGAGGGGGGAAAAUUCUGGGUUUGCAGGUGUGUCACUAAGGCAAGAGGUAGCAGCCCCCAUCCUGAAAUGGCCUCUGCGAUCUGGGAUCUGGUGAAGACCCCUAUCCUAUCUGCUCUGCCUUCUCAGCCCACUGUUGUCUCCUCUCAGUUGUGACCUCAUGUCAUUCUAGAAUGAGCUCCUUCCCUUCUGGACCCUGCUCCGUAAAGGGGUUGGGGCUGCAAAUGUGCCAAGCUGGCAGCAGGGGUGGGCCCUGAAUGAAAGGAGACACCGACAUCAGGCAGCCUGGAAUGGAUGCCUGGAAUGGAGGGACCCCUUUCAGCCGUGGUUGGCAGCACCUGCCGCCUGGGGGCCACCGGAUGGAGUGGGAGAGAAACCAAAGAUUGGAAAAGAAGAAAGAUUGGUUGCAGAAUGGGUCACAAGCAGAAGGCAGAAGGGACUCAGAAUUGGGGAAGCUGCUUUUCCACUGACCUCGGGGACAGCUGUCAGGGUGGGAGACGGGACUUGGGCCUCAGGAAAUGGCCUGCCAGGUUGGACAUGAGGGAUGCUGUGGCCUCUCCCCACCCCGCCCCCCUAGCCACCUUCCUCACAAUGGGGUUCAUUGCUGAGGUGGGAGGGGCAUCCUAGGAAGGGUCCAGCUGGGGGCCUGCCAGCCAGACAGCCUCGGGGAACCUGCCCUUUCAAGCAUGAACCAUACCAUCCGGGCUCCCCCACUCCCAGUGUGCUCUUAGCUCUGCCUGCCUGGCUUAGGGUCCUGGAGGCCUUCUUGGAGCUCAUCCAGCAACCAUCAUGCAAGGUGGUGCUGGGGGCUGCCCUCUUACUCGGCGGUGGAGGCCUCAUGCUGUGGAUUCAGAGGAGGAGGAGAAGGAAGACAUCCCCUGCUCCUGCCCAGGAGGAGCAGGGGCCACCCAAAGGUCACCAAGCAAAGAAUGAGAACUGGAUUAAAUCUCACUUUAGCUGCCUUUCCGAAGAGAAGCUGGCCGCCAGCAACAGCACCCCCCCUGCCCCCGAGAGUGGCAGUGGGGAGGCCAGCACCACGGUGCGCACGGAGACCUUCACCACCAGGCAAGGAGAGGUGGGCGCAGCUCUGCACGGGCAGUCCUUCACCAGCAAGCAGAGGUUGUCUGGCUCCUCGCUGACCAAAGAGACCCAGAGGGAGUCUGGAGAAUCCUCGUCCACUGAUGUGGCCGUGUGGGCCACUGUGGCUACCUGUACCAAGGAGAUUGACAACCUGGGACAGCAGCUGGCUAAUUCCAUGUUGCAGCGCGCCACGAUUUACCAGAACUCAGGCCACCUGGAGUCCAAAGACAUCAACCAGGAGGAGCUGAAGGCCCUCGAGGAGGUGGAGUUGAAGCUGAAGGGGAAUUUCCUCACUCAGCGAGAAACCGCGGUAGCUGGCAUGAACCACGCGCACACCUUCCAUGGCCACGGUCACCACGGCCACCAGGGUUAUCCGAGCCACCUGAGCCACCAGAGCUACAGUCUGCCCAACCGCAGCCAACACACCUACCACCCCUUUGAAGCCACCACCUAACCAUGGAUGGAGACGCCCCUUCCCCCGACAGGGCUGGCACACAAGUGCAGGCCUGUUUUCUUUCCUGUGGGGCAACCCGUGUGGCCCAGGGUGAGAGGCUGCCGCCCAAAACCCUUCUUCCUCAGCCCCCCACGGGGUUCCUGGGCCCCUUUGAGUCUGUGAGUAGGGUCUGCCACGGAGAAUGGCUCCCGAUGGAGGGGCAGGUGGAAGGAAGGGAAGCAGCCGAGACACACGCGCGGGCCCCUGAAGACCCACCAAGAGAAGACAGACGAGGCAGAUCCCAGGAGUAGCUGAGAGCCCCGGACUGACGCCAAAUGCCUGGAACUGAGCCAAUAAAGCCUUGUAUACCCUCA